ACUUGGUUGUUAGCAUGUGUCCUGGAAGGAAUUGAUUGGAGCUCUGCGCCGCGCACACCAGCCGUCAAAGUGGGAUGCUAAAACCGUCGGCAAAUUCUGAACAGCGUGUAAAUUGACUGCGCCGGGUUGGUGCCUAGCGAGCCGCCCGAUUUCAUCAUAUCCCCUGAAGGCAAGGCUACUGUCGUUCGCCUUCGCUUGCUAUUUUAUUUUGUCAUGUAUUGAUUGCUUGGCCUUCCUGCCACCAUACGUAUACGUGGACCCUCAGCGGACAGCCAAGCUGAGGAGUUCAAAGCUCAGUUCGAAAGCAACGGGCUCCUGCAUGCUACGAUACCCCACCUCGCCCACACCACCGACCACCUAGACCGACGACGUAGCGCCUAAGCGGGCCAGACUGAAGACGAGACGCAACAGAACAGACACGCACUCACGACCACAUCAGGCUGGCCACCUAUAGCCUCCAGGCUUUGCGCUGCCGUACCUCCCGAGACACCGAUAUAUUCUACAACUCCAGACCCUCGCGCAGGGCACCUUGGGCGUCCCCGGCGCUCCCGCACAGCGACCUAACACGAUACGGCGCAAGAGCUUGAGCCGCGCGAGCGACGACUCACCACCACAAUGGAGGCGGCAGCGGCGCGGUAUGCCGCCAGGGACCGGUGGGCCGACGCGGGCGGCUCGGCGCCGUCGCAGCUGCAGCGCUUCAUCCAGGCCGCCUGCAGUCCCGAGAACUACGAGCCCAACCUGUCGGUGAACCUCGAGAUCGCCGACCUGAUCAACUCCAAGAAGGGCAGCGCCCCGCGCGAGGCCGCCACCGCCAUCGUCAACUACAUCAACCACCGGAACCCUAACGUGGCUCUGUUGGCCCUGGCGCUGCUCGACAUCUGCGUCAAGAACUGCGGCUACCCCUUCCACCUGCAGAUCAGCACCAAGGAGUUCCUCAACGAGCUCGUCCGCCGCUUCCCCGAGCGGCCGCCCAUACGCCCCUCGCGCGUCCAGGCUAAGAUCCUCGAGGCCAUCGAGGAGUGGAGGAGCACCAUAUGCGAGACCAGCAGGUACAAGGAGGAUCUCGGCUUCAUCCGGGACAUGCACCGCCUCCUGAGCUACAAGGGCUACAGCUUCCCCGAGGUUAGGAGAGACGAUGCAGCUGUUUUGAACCCGAGCGAUAACCUCAAGUCUGUCGAGGAGAUGGAAGAGGAGGAGCGUGAGGCGCAGUCUGCGAAGCUCCAGGAGCUCAUUCGGCGUGGCACCCCGGAAGACCUACAGGAGGCCAACCGGCUUAUGAAGAUCAUGGCUGGCUACGACACACGGUCCAAGGUCGACUACCGCGCCAAAGCGGCCGAGGACGUGGCCAAGAUCCAGGCAAAGGCGCGGCUGCUCGAGGAGCGGCUCGAGGCCUUUAAGCCGGGCGACAAGAUGCAGGAUGGCGAUGUCUUUGAGGAGCUGGCUUCGGCCCUGUCCAGCGCCCAGCCCAAGAUCCAAAAGAUGUGCGAGGAGGAGUCGGACGACCACGAAGCCGUCGCUAGGCUGCUCGAAAUUAACGACAGCAUACACCGGACAGUAGAGCGCUAUAAGCUGCUGAAAAAGGGAGACUAUGCUGGUGCCUCCAACAUUGCGAGCGGCCAGCACGGCCCUGCCCCCAGUGGCGGCGCCAAAGCCGAGCUUUCCCUCAUCGAUCUCGACGGCGACAGUGGCGGUGGCUCGGGGGCCAACGGGGCUGGCUCUUCUCAGCAAGCCCCAUCCCAGCCCGCCGGCAUUGAGAAUGACCUCCUGGGGCUCUCCAUUGAGGAGAGCGAGAGCUUCGGCCAAGCCGGCGGUAUCCAGUUGGGAUUCGGUGCUAACACCAACAUCCCGGGCCCGGCUCUCCUGUCUUCCAUGACCCAAGAAAGCAGCGCAAAGGGGCCCGUACCGGCGACUGUGUCCCCGCCGCCCCCGUCCGCAUCACCCUUCGCCGCCUUCGUGUCGGCCCCUCCUCCGUCUUCUAAAUCGGCCACCCCGCAGCCCCAGCCCCCGAACUACCAGUCGUCUCUUUUCGCUCCACCGUCCAAGCCUACCACGGACCCGUUCGCGGUGCUUGCAUCCCCCAGCGCCUUUCCGUCAACAUCCAAGCCGACAACGCCAACCCCUGCCGCUGGAUCGGCCUAUCAGCCGCCCGCACCGCCGGGGCCCGCCGCGGCAGCAGCAAAUGAUGACGAUGAAUGGGCCUUCUCAUCGGCUCUCCCGCCGGAAACUCUGCCUGAGGAGCAGAAGCUGGUCAUGGCCGACUCGACGGUCAAGAUCGAGCUCAUCGCCAAAAGAACGACACCUGGGUCCAGCUCGAUAAGAUUACAUUUCGCGUUUUCUAACAAUGCGCCGGCUCCUGUGGGGGAGUUGCACUUCCAGUCCGCAGUCCCGAAGGGGUACGAGUCGCAAUUACAGCCACAAACCGGCCGGGACCUGGCUGCCAAGCAGAACCGUGGUGUCACGCAAGUGCUUGAUGUCUGGCAUGCGGGCGACAAGAACAAAAAGGUGGAGUCGUUCAAACUGAGGUGGAGGGUGGCAUACAGGCUUGCUGGUGAGAUGAAGAACGAGACGGGCGAGGUGGCCGAGAUCAAGAUCGCAUGAUAAUGGCUCCCAGGUCCAGGUCGUUGUCAAUCCAGGGUUUGUGCGUCUGCGCUGAGCGUGCCAAGGACGAGAGUUGGGAGAAGCUCCGUAAACGAUGCUCUCUUGCUCACGCUUGCCCCAUCAUCUGGUGCAUAUUAUUCUUACUGUGGCCAUCGACCAUGGCGGCCCUUUCGGAGCUCCCCGGUGGUGGGGGUCCAGAGACCAGCGGCUCAAUAUCUUCCCACCGUAUUUGUGCUUUUGACUUACUCUGUCAGAGCUGUUUCGAAGAAUUGUGUAAAUGGUGUCUGGGGGAAUGUUGUUAGACCAGCGAUCUGGAAAGAAGCAGCGUCGACCCAUGAAUGGAUUGGUGCUAUUGAUCAGCUCUCACCUUGCCGUGGCUGGGGCGCUGUGGGUUCGUGUGGGC